ACGGUGGUGUCGGCAGAAGGAGCAGGUCAGUUGAGCAGUGUGUAGCAGGACGGACAGGCCAGGACAGGACAGACCCUACGAGCCUACGAGAUGAAGGUACUGGCAUUCAUAACAUCAGUGUUGGUGGGCAGUGCGUUGGCUGCCCCCGCUAAGUUAGACGGUCUGGAUCACCACCACCACCACCACGACCCUCUCAUCGCCAUAGCCUCAGCUCAGGCUCCUGUGGUAGGCUACAACUACGACCCUCCUGCCCAACCCUCUGGACUCUACGAGCUUCCCGCCCAAAACUCAGAGAAAGUAGAGGUCACGCCCCCUCCUACCACCACUACUACCACCACUACUACCACCACUCCUCCCCCACCACCACCUUCAGCUUACCUCCCACCACCUGCAGACGAACAACCCUCAGAGAACGUGAUUAUUGAUGUGAUAGUGCCCAGCGGCCCCACCACCACCAUGAUGCCGAUGCCCUACAACAUCAAGUGGGGAGUGUCCGAUCCCGAAAGUGGCAAUAUCUUCAACCACGUAGAGGACAGUGACGGUAAGGACGUCACUGGCGAAUACUCUGUUCUUCUACCAGACAACCGCAUGCAGAUCGUCCGUUUCCGUGUCGAUCCUAUUAAUGGGUACCAAGCCGAAGUCACCUACGAACCCGUUAAGUAAGGUGUAGUUCGGGUCAUCACAACGCAUUCGGACGACGUCAUCUCCGCCGCCGUCAUUUAUCUCAAAAGUUUCUAUGAUGUGGAAAUUUUUGAGUCAGGUUCUGAGAUUAUUUCUGGGUGCUGUGAGGGAUUAGAGUGAAGUAUCUUUACUCUACAAUCUUGUGUUCAUCAUCACUCAUUACUUCAAAAUACACUAUUGUAUCAUUCUCUCACCAUAGAAAAAACAUGCAUGGGUAACUGAGAAUUCUGACGUCACGAUUUCCUCCCCCCCCCCCCACACCAAAAUUCUCUUGCCAAUAGCGGCACUCUUCUAGCCAGCAUCCCAUGACGUCAUGAUUUCCAGCAAGAGGGGCCUGACCAAUCAUAUCUCCGUCCAAUACCGAUGUAAGCCAAUGGCGCUGCAUGUGGAUGGCUUGGAAGAAGAAAACGAAUCAAAUUCUUUUAUUCUUCCAAGAUCUUCCUCAAUCACCACUGUAAAAACUGUACUUUAUAACGUUAAUAAAGAAAAAUACUCUUA